GACAUACUACUUCUAACGUGUCCGAACGCACCCGAGUAAACAAUCGCAACACAUGCAAAGGAGCAAAAUACGGUCUUGCAAUGGCCCUUGUUGCAUACAGCGACGACAGCGACCUAGCCAGUGACUCGGAGGAUGUCGAGGAGCCCCCCAAAGUCAUCGUCAACGGUGAAAGCAAGGCCAAGCAGGCGUCGGAGAGCAGCGAGAAGGGGCGGGCCGGGGCCCAGAUCGAUCCCGAGGCCGACCCCAAGGCCGACCCCAAGGCAGAGGCGGCCCGCGGAGGCGUGGAGGACAUCGUAGACUUCGACGAGGAUGUCACGACGGGAGCAAGGACGGGUCUGCUGGCUUCCAUUCCUCGUGCCAAGCCGAUCGCCGGCACUCAGGCGGCCAGUGUCCCCUUGGGCGAGGAGGUGGAUGAGGUGACGGAUGUGCCGACCGUGGACACUUGGAAGGUCACCCAGAAGAUAAAGGAGGAGGGCGGUGACUCGAAGAUCAGCAGUGCGUCCAGUGUGUCUGUUACAACUAAAAAGAAGAAGGAGAAGAAGAAAAUACAAUUCAUUAUUCCGUCCCUUUCUGAGUUUGCUGAGGAGGAGGAGGAGGAAGAGAAAGAGGUACCUGAGCGCAAGAAGGUCCAACCCUCAUCUCUGGGAACAGGGCUCUUUGCAGUGUUGCCCGAGCCUAAAAAUUUGGCAGUGAAGGAGACAAAACGCUCACUCGUGCCCCAUAUCCUCACCAAAAGACCUACUGAACCACUGCCAAAGAAGCCAAGAAAGGCACCAAUGCAUGUUAAGCCUUUGGUGGAAGCAAAUGACUCUGAUGAAGAAGCAGAGACUGGUGGGUCUUCUGAUUUCUUUUCACUCACGGAGACCGCACCUGAUCCAGCUACCCUGGGUAGAGCGGUCCCCUCAAUUUCAACUGCACCAGACGUUGAGCCUCCAGUUUCUAGAACGCCUGCUUCUCAGAACCUGCCUGAAGAUAGAAUCAAUGAACCUGUGGCAUCCGCGCAUGCAUACACAGACAAUGCGUAUCAAACUCAUAAUGAGAAGCAGGACUUCUAUCCAGUUAAUGAGCUGGAGGAGCAGACCCCACAGCCAGCAUCCUUCGACCAUGAGGCAAUGCUGCGUUUGACAGGGAAGCGGCGCGGCAAGGGGGAGGCCAUCAACUUCAUUGAUGUGAGUGCGGAUGAUGCCUUGCUUACACGGGAUGAGUGGAUGACAAAGGCCCUGACAGAAGAGAAGCCAACGCAGAGCUUCAGCAAGAAGAGGGAGGGGAUGCCCUCACAGAGAACUAAGCAGAAGCACCAGAUCACCUUCCUGGCUCACCAGGCCAAGGAGAGAGAGCUGGAACUCAAGAACAAUUGGGCUCAAAACCGAAUGACUAAAAUGCAAACCCAGGCAAAAUACGGCUUCUGAUUCCUCAUGUACAUUAUUGUAAAUAUUUAUUUUUCUAAAAACAAAGUGUUGGAUUUUGCUACAUGCGUUUGUAAAUUUACAUUGUUUUUAUUUAAUUUCUAAUGUCCUUUCCUAUCUCAUUUUCCGUGAAUAUUAUUUUUAAGAAAAUACAUUUACGAUUUGUC